AUGGGCAGCCCAGACGAGUCGCCCAGAAAAGGAGACGAGAUGGGCUUACACACAACUGAAUCCAAUGGGACCCUUGGAGAAGCGGCGAACGAGUUGUACCACAUUGAUCCGGUAAAGGAGCGCAGGAUGAUGAGAAAGUUCGAUCUGAUCGAUUGCGAUGUUGACAAUGCACAGCUGUACGCUAUAGUAGGAAUGGGUAUUUUGUACAUGAUGUCCAAUCUCGACAGAAGCAACCUGGGUAACGCCAAUAUCGCUGGUAUGCCAGAAGAAAUUGGUCUCAUUGGCAAUCAAUUCGGCAUUGCCACCACGCUUCUAUUCGCUACAUAUGUUCCGUUCGAAGGGCCAGUUGCUAUUCUACUCAAAGUCGUUGGGCCUAAACCCCUCAUGACAACAUGCGCUUUCUGCUGGGGAAUUGUCUGUAUUGGAAUGUCCUUCAUCAAGAAUCAUUACGGACUUUACGCUUGUCGGCUUCUCAUCGGGUUUUUCGAAGCUGGACUCAUUCCCUGUGUCAACGUCUAUAUCGGAUUGGUGUACAAGAAGUCUGAACGAGGUCAACGAUCUUCCUUCAUCUUCGCAUUCAGUGCCCUUUCUAGUGCCUUCGGCGGGCUGUUGGCGUUUGGCCUCACGCAGAUCCGCACUUCCAACUUCUCGGGAUGGAGAUGGCUAUUUGCGGUCGAAGGAGCCAUCACCGUCAUAUUUGUGCCCCUCUUCUGGUUCAUCUUUCCUACUACACCUACCGAGGCAUGGUUCCUUACUGAAGAAGAGAAGCGGAUGAUGAAGCUUCGUUAUGAUUCCGAUCCGUCUUGGGGAUAUGACGAUGAAUUCACUUGGAGCGAGUGUCUGAAGGCGUUCGUCGAUCCGAAGUGGUAUGCGUUUUUCGCGUAUCAGUUUUCCAUCAACAUCAGCCUUUACGGCUUAACGACUUUUAUGCCUGUCAUUGUACGCGGACUAGGAUAUACGUCAGUCCGCGCAAACCUAAUGACUGCGCCAAUCUUCUUCGUUGCUCUAAUAUUCUUCCUGGCGCUUGCUUGGGCGUCAGAUCGAACGGGGCUCCGAGGGCCGUUCCUCAUUGUUGGUCUUGUUUGCUUGAUCACUGGCUACUCGAUCUUGAUUACGGUCGAUAAUUUGAAGGUCAAAUUCUUCGCAUGUUUUGUCGCGGCUUUGGGCAUCUACCCGACAACCGGUCUCUCCAUCAUGUGGUUGCAAGACAACGUCUCGCGGCAUUACAAGCGAGCCACCAUGGUUGGCUUCACGCUCACCCUUGGAAACACCGCGGGUGUCGCAGUCGGACAAAUUUUUACCUCGAAGAGCGCGCCAAAGUACUUGCCUGGCCUUCGUAUUGCGUUAGGGCUAGCCUGCUUUGCCCUGUUUGAUGUCUGUUGCAUCAUGUUUGCCUUCAUGUGGGUCAAUAGAACGCGAGCGGCUAAGCUGCUGGCGGCUGAGCAGGCUGGAACCCAAAUCGAACCGAAUGCUGCUCUCGGAGACUACGACCUUCAUUUCCGAUACUCCAUCUGA